AUGAACUCCAGAACGCCUUGCGUGAUCGUGUAUGCAGUGUCGCUGGUGGUGUGCGUGUUGGUAAUUUUUUCCUUGAACAAGUAUGAGCGGCAAGGGGUGCCGCUGCACAAGUUGAGCAGCACCUCUGCGUAUGUGCAGGACAUUUACAAUGCGGGCAUAAGGGAGAAUGUAAAGGGGGGAAGACAAAACUGGUCCCAUGACAAGGUCUCCCACUUGAGCAUAAAACUGUUUAUCGUGUUGACCAGUGGAGGAGGAAACAGCGAUUCAUUGGGGAGAAAAAUGAAGGAAUAUUUUUCUAACCAAAUUGAGGUUGAAUACAAAGACAAGCCAGUUGCACAGAGCAUCUCCGAUAUACAGGAGCUGUUUUGCAUACACCCACUCGUCAUUAGUGAAGAGGAAAUGAAAAGUGAUGAUAUGAGGGAGCUUGCAAGUGUAUGCUUGAGUGAUUCUCCCGAGAAGGGUGCCACUCAUAAUUUGCUAAGCAAUAGGUACUUCCUAUGUUUAAGUGAAAAGCAGGAGGAGAACGAAACUAGCGUUGUGUUCAGGCUGAAGAGGAACAACACCAUCCACAUGAAGUUCAGCCCACAGGUAGGUAACUCCACCACGUACCAUGAGCGUUUGGCGGAAGAAGCAUGGAGGGUGUUGAAGCGUGUGUUUUUUUUCAAGCCCAAAAAUAGGUCUCUUUUUUUUAGCCCCGAAUUGGACUUGAAUUUUUAUUUGGCUAGCAGUUUGUACAAUGGGCAAAAUUACAAAAUGGAAAAUUAUACAACACGUCACGGGGGACGAAACAAAACUGGUGAUGAUCAAAACAUAUAUGCUUCCCACAUGGAGGGCAGUUCCCCUUCCCCUGUUUACAUCGCCACCUGGGAUUUCUACACACAGGUGUACUACCCCUACUUGAGAAAUUUCGUCGAGGAGCUUUUAAACGUUUUUCAAAUAAAUGUGUACACCCAAAUGAUUGCUAACAUGGACUUGUUUAAAAUUUCGAACAAGGGCAAGGACGUGGGAGGGAAGCGAGUGGUCAUCCUCAACAAGGUAAAUAAAUUAAGUAGCAUGUUUGACGAUGUCACUUUGGGGGAUGUACUAACCAAGCCAACGUACCACAUUCCGAAGAGUAUAAAUUUAAUGGCUGUUUUUCCAUGUGGAGAUGAAAUUUUUUUUUAUAAUCCUGCCACGGGGAAGCUCGAAACGACUGUUUCCUUUGCAGAGUGGGGUGUCGUACAUGUAAAUAAUGCACUUCAACGGGGGAAUAUUGUAGAGAAGAGGGGGGGGGGAAACAAAAAAAACCGGUAUGUUAAUGUAGGAGAGGAGGCUCCUAUAAUUAGCGGCUUUUUCAUUUCCCAUUUAAGACAAUACUUAGGUCUAGAAGCAAAUUUUUCAAAUUACGUUUAUACCAUCUUUGAUGCAGACACGUAUUAUAUAAAAUAUGUUCGAAGUGAGUCCACUGAUGAGGGCAACUCUUUGUUGUAUUCCAUCACGAGUGAGGAUAAGAUACGGUUCGACUUCAUUUACGAGAGCCCUGCGAGAAGUGGGAUAUUCCCUUUUGAACUUUUGGCCCUCAUGCGAGAAGCUUACAUACACUACGUGGUGGAAGCGCUAACCAACCUGAACAAAUUCGUGUCCAUAUCGAAUGUAAGUAUGUAUUUCAGAGUGCCUGAAUACGCAUUACACGUUUUUACUGAUGUCGUUGAGAAGGUUAAAUGCAGCUUGGACCUCAUGCGGGGGGUCGAUGGGUGUAAAAUUUCUCACGUGGGAAAGUCCCUUCGGGAUGUGUUGAAGUCGUACGGUGGUGUUACGGGGGGAAGUACACAGGAGGGGGAUAACCGGCGUGAGGAGACAGCGCGUCUGCGGGACACGUACUUCAGGGCGGCAGUCGUUCUGGCUCAGAGCGCUUACCAGGAUUCCUUACAACUCCUGAGCGAUGACACAUUUUCCAUUUACGACAUCCUGUCGAAGGACUUCCUUCUAGCCUCCGUGCUGCCCAUACUCAUUCCGUAUGCAAUUCCGGUCACGCUUUCGCUGUUCAGGGAAUUAUUCAGAAGCGUCAAAUUGGUGAAGGAGAAACGGAAGGUGGACUGA